AUGAAUAAAUUAUUAACUGCAUCGGUUAAAGAAGUUAGUAAAAAAAUAUAUGGUGGAGAUAUACGGCCUUCUGAUAUUACAAAAGCAGCUAUUAAAAUUACAUCUAUUACUAAACCUUUAAAUGCUUACAUCACUGUUACUGAUGAAAUAGCAAAAAAACAUGCGGAAAAUUCAGAUUUACGACAAAAAAAUCGUAGUUUAUUGGGGGAACUUGAUGGAAUUCCCAUUGCAAUUAAAGAUAAUUUUUGUAUAAAGGAUCAUCGAACAACAUGUGCAUCAAAGAUGUUGUCAAACUUUUUUCCCACUUAUGAUGCUACUGUAUAUCAGAGAUUAAAAGAUGCUGGUGCAAUAUUACUUGGUAAAACUAAUCUUGAUGAAUUUGCUAUGGGUUCAGGAACCAUUGAUUCAUAUUAUGGACCAACAAAAAAUUUAUGGAAUUCAAGUGUGUUAACAAAAUUUUAUGCCUGUAAUACUUAUAUAAAUGAACAUACAAAACAAUGUACAGAUGAAAAUUCAUGGAAUAUAGCAGGUGGUAGCAGUGGGGGUUCUGCAGUGGCUGUUAUAAGUGGAAGCUGUUAUGCUGCAAUUGGUUCAGAUACUGGUGGUUCAACACGAAAUCCAGCAUCUUACUGUGGUUUAGUUGGAUUGAAACCUACUUAUGGUUUGGUAUCACGUUAUGGACUUAUUCCUCUUGUAAAUUCAAUGGAUGUGCCAGGUAUACUUGCAAGGAAUGUCGAUGAUGUUGUGUUAGUUCUAAAUAGUAUAGCUGGUCAAGAUGAAUUUGAUUCUACUUGUUUACAAAAAGAAUAUGUAUCAAUUGAUAUACUAGAUACAAUAAAUAUUAGUAAUUUUAGAAUUGGAAUACCAAAAGAAUAUAAAGAGAAAAACCUAAGUCCAGAAGUACAAGAAUGUUGGGAUACAGUUUCUCAAUAUCUGUGUGAAGGUGGAGCAUCACUUUCCACAGUAUCAUUACCACAUACUAAUUAUUCUAUAAUGUGUUAUACAAUUUUAAAUCGUUGCGAUGUGGCUAGCAAUCUUGCUUGUUAUGAUGGUAUGCAGUAUGGUUAUAGGUCAGAUGAGUGGAGUUCUGUAUAUGAUAUGUAUAAAAAGACAAGAUCUGAAGGUUUUGGUAAAAUAGUUAAAGAACGUAUUUUGGUUGGGAAUUACUUUUUAUUGGAAGAAAACUAUGAAGAGUAUUAUGUUAAAGCAAUGAAAAUAAGAAGAUUGAUCUCAGAAGAUUUUAAUACAGUAUGGAAUAGUAAUAUUGAUCUUCUCCUUACACCUACUACUUUAACAGAAGCUCCUACCUACAAUGAUUUUAUUUCAAUGGACAAUCAGGCACAGUGUUCAAUUCAAGAUUAUUGUACUCAACCUGCUAAUAUGGCAGGUAUACCAGCUGUUACUGUGCCAAUUAAAUUAUCUAAAAAUGGUUUACCUUUAUCUCUGCAACUUAUGGCACCUUCUUUGAAGGAGGAAGUACUCCUCACAGUAGCAAAAUGGAUUGAACAAAGAGUACAGUUUCCAAAACUUGAACUGAAGGAUACAUGUUUGUUAUAAUAAA